GGUCCAUGCAUCCUAACUAGUGAAGCCCAUAAAUAAAAGAAACACAUUUUGGGUAUAGAAUUGAAGUGAAAGAACAAAGUGAAAGCCUAAAAUGGAUUGGAACAUUGAGAGCACAAGACCCUUUGUUCCUCAUGCAGAAUCUUCCUUAAGCUUCUUCUACAACUAUAACAACACCCCUUAUUCAGGAAUGGAUGUGAGUCAAGCAGCAAUGGGUGAGACACAACAAAGGUUGCUUCCAGCAAUGGAUGAAAUGAACAUCAAUGGAAAUAAUUACAAAGAGAAGAAAAAGAGAUUAACAAGUAAUCAAAUUGAUUUACUUGAGAGAAGUUUCCAAGAGGAAAUAAAGUUAGAUCCUGAAAGGAAGAUAAAGCUUUCAAGAGAGCUAGGGCUUCAACCUCGCCAAAUCGCUGUUUGGUUCCAAAAUAGGCGUACAAGGUGGAAAGCUAAGCACCUUGAACACUUGUAUGAUGUGCUUAAACAAGAAUUUGAUGUUGUCUCUAAGGAAAAGCAGAAACUUCAAGAAGAGGUUAUGAAGUUGAAGGGAAAGCUAAAAGAACAAAGUAAUUUUAGGACACAGCAAACAUUUGUUGAAGAAACAGUAGAAAGCACAUCAAAAGGACUAAGAUGUUCUAACAAACCACAAGGAGGAACUGCAGAGAAUUACACCAACAACAACAAUGUCAAUAGUACUUGUUUCACUGUUGAAGAUUUUAAUAACCCUGUUUCAAUGCCUCCUCAACAAUGUCACUGGCCUGUGUUACCUAAUUAUUAUCCCUAAUCUACAUUACAAGUCAAAGUAAUUUUAAUUGAAUUACUCUAUGAUCUAGUAGUUUGAAGUUUGAACUUAACUUUAAUUUUAGUGUACUAGUAGUAGUUAGGUAUUAAUGGUUUUAUCAGAACUGACGUUAGGAUCCAUUCAGAAUACUAGUAGUUAUGAGUUAUGACUCAUAAUGCAGUGAUUCAGGGAAGCUGUAGGGUAAAACUUAUGUAUUAGUAGUAGUUUCCAAUCAAAACUGAUUCAUGGACACUCACUUUUUCUUUUUCAUGCAUGUGACACCUGGUUAAUCAUGUGCAAAAGUAAGAUUAAUUCAGUUGAGCAGAUAAUUUUUAACUAUCUGCUCAACUGAAUUAACCAUAUAUUUUAAAGUGAUUAGUAAGAUGUCGCGUGAGUGUAUAAAAGAUAGGUGUCUAUGUCUCAUUACUGGUUUGCAAUCUUUUUAAGUUAAAGUUUUACUACGUACUUUGCUUUUUGGUAGGAAGAAAAGGACAGUUGCACACUGUUUUUUUAACAGUACUUUUCAUUUACAUUUUCACGACGUUGUUUCAGAGUAAGAGACAGAGAGCUCAUGAACUAAUGAUGAUGAUGAUGACAGUGAGCUCAUAUGUUGGAUUUUUCUUUCUUGUUUUAUUCAAAAAGAGGGGUCUGAAAAAACUAUGUAAAAUGUGACCAAAAUAGUGUGCAAAUAGUGGUUUUAAAUUUUAUAUUGAUGUGUUAGCCGUUGUUUUGUAUGAAUUUUCAUUUUGUGACCA